GUCCGCCAUGUUUGCCAUGGCGCAGGGAGCGGAUCGAGCCAACAAAGCCCGGAUCUAGGAACGAGGAGGCGCCGCCCGAGCCGCCGCAUUCCGCCCCUUCUCGCACCCCGGGGUCCCCAUGAGUCCACAGGGGACGUUACCGUGCGGCUCCGGCUGGUCUUUCUGACUGAGAUUUUUACGUGUUUUUUUUGUUGUUCCUCCCCCCUCCCCUGCGCGUCGGGUGUUUGUGUGAGACAAUGAGCAAACUCUCCUUCCGAGCGCGGGCGCUAGACGCCGCCAAACCUCUCCCUAUCUACCGCGGCAAAGACAUGCCCGACCUCAAUGACUGCGUCUCUAUCAACCGGGCCGUGCCGCAGAUGCCGACGGGGAUGGAAAAGGAGGAGGAAUCGGAACAUCACUUACAGCGAGCAAUCUCAGCACAACAAGUUUUCAGAGAGAAGAAAGAGAGCAUGGUCAUUCCGGUUCCUGAAGCCGAGAGCAAUGUUCACUACUACAGUCGUCUGUACAAAGGGGAAUUUAAACAGCCCAAGCAGUUCAUUCACAUCCAGCCUUUUAAUCUGGACUAUGAGCAGCCAGAUUAUGAUAUGGACUCUGAAGACGAGACGUUGCUUAACCGACUGAACAGGAAAAUGGAAAUCAAGCCACUGCAAUUUGAAAUUAUGAUUGACAGGCUGGAAAAGGCAAGCUCAAAUCAGCUUGUUACUCUUCAGGAAGCUAAGCUGCUGCUAAAUGAAGAUGAUUACCUUAUCAAAUCUGUAUAUGACUACUGGGUAAGAAAACGGAAGAACUGCAGGGGGCCCUCCCUCAUUCCUCAAGUCAAGCAAGAAAAAAGAGAUGGUUCUACAAAUAAUGACCCCUAUGUUGCUUUUCGACGAAGAACAGAGAAAAUGCAAACUCGAAAGAACCGAAAGAAUGAUGAAGCCUCUUAUGAGAAAAUGUUAAAGUUAAGAAGGGAGUUUAGCCGAGCCAUAACCAUUUUGGAAAUGAUCAAAAGGAGAGAAAAGACAAAGCGGGAGUUGUUGCACUUAACGUUGGAAGUGGUUGAGAAAAGGUAUAAUCUGGGUGACUUUGGAGGUGAAAUACUAAAUGAAAUAAAGAUUCCAAAGGUUGAGAAGGAGAUCCAUGCCAUCCCACCAUCUCUGCAUAAUGGAAACCAUCACAAAGUACCAGAAUGCAAAGUCAAGAACACCCACCACCCCUCCGUAAAAGACGAAGUCUUAGAAAUCGUUCGCCUGAAAAAGAAGUAUCCAAAGAAGCCAAAAGCAGAAACCCUUGUAACCCCUCAACCCCAAGCCACCUCAGAGCCAUUGGCAGUAAUAAACAAGAGUGAUAUCAAACAAUAUGACUUCCAAAGCUCCGAUGAUGACGAAUUCCCACAGGUACCCUCUCCACUGUCAGAGCUUGAGGAAGAGAAUGACCCCGAUGGAUCUUAUGCUUUCAGAAGGAGAACUGGAUGCCAGUAUUAUGCACCUCGUUUGGACCAAAUGAAUGAUACUCCGGAAACCACAGACUUAUCGGGAUUAGCAAGGCAUCGGUAUAGGCAUUGUCUCACAACCCUCACAGUCCCCAGGCGAUGUAUAGGAUUUGCCAGGAAGCGAUUAGGCAGAGGCGGAAGGGUAAUAAUGGACCGACUAUCGACAGAACACGACUCCAUUCUCAAGCAAAUUGACCCUGAAAUGUUAUCUGGCUUUUCAAGCUCUUCCCACGUUGCACAGCCCCCCUCCUCACCUUCACGGACCAAUGCUUCCGAUAGACAUUGUGAAAACAGACUUUCUCUUCCCGAGAUCUUAAGCAAUAUUAAAUCUUGUCGACUGCAGUGUUUUCAGCCAAGGCUACUACAUACACAGGACAGCGAUAGAGAAGAAUGUACCUCAAGGCUAGGGCAAGCUGUGAACGUGAAAAGAGUCUCUGCCGCUUUAUUAAACACCAGCAAGAACGGCAUAACAGUGACAGGAGGCAUCACAGAGGAACAGUUCCAGACACACCAACAGCAGCUGGUUCAGAUGCAAAGGCAACAGCUGGCGCAGCUCCAGCAAAAACAGCAGUCGCAGCAAUCCUUGCAGCAGAGCCAUCCGAAAGCACAGGGCUCGGCCAAAUCCGACUGCAUGUCCAAGACGCUUGACUCAGCAAGUGCCCUUUUUGCUGCAUCUGCUGUGGUCAAUUCUCCAACUCCAGGCCGCAGUGAAGUGAACAAGGAUCAAAAUGCCGGUCAUAGCAACCUGAAUGGCGUUGUACAACCUUCAGGCACUGCUAAAACGCUGUACUCCACAAAUAUGGCUUUAUCGUCCAGCCCAGGGAUUUCCACCGUUCAGCUUGUAAGGACAGUUGGCCAUCCUACCACUAACCACUUAAUUCCAACAUUGUGCACAAGCAACCCUCAGACCCUCACUAUGGGUAACUCUUGCCUAGCUAACACAGUCCACCUCAACAAUGUCAGUGUUGUCUCCCCUGUCAAUGUGCAUAUCAAUACAAGGACUUCUGCACCAUCGCCAACAGCCUUAAAACUUGCCACAGUUGCUGCCAGCAUGGACAGAGUGCCAAAGGUUACUCCUAGCAGUGCCAUCAGCAGUAUAGCAAGAGAAAACCAUGAACCAGAAAGAUUGGGUUUAAACGGAAUCGCCGACACCACAGUGGCUAUGGAAGUGACAUAACUCUCAGCCCACAGACUUUGCCUGACCCUUCCAGGCGUUUGUUUUCCAACAAAAUGCAAAUUAUAUCUAACGCUCUGCGGAUCACAGUGCGCUAAUAUGGACCUAAACGGACUGUCCGCGUCAUCGGCCCGUUCCUCCGAUCACGCCCGUGUACAUUUUGUAAAAAAAAAAAUUAAAAAAAAAAAAUCA